AUGUCUGAUCCACGCAACCUCUCAAACUGGAUGAGGUUUCUCCCCGACAAUUGGAGCACAACCAAAUUCACAUUUCCAGGAACUCACAAUAGUCACGCGACGGACGCCAAUUACGAUGACACGAAUUUCCCCGGAGUCAAAGACUGGACGAUUUGUCAAGCGAUGAGCAUUCCAGAACAGCUGCACUGCGGCGUUCGAUUCAUCGACCUUCGCGUUGGCAAUGACACCAGCUAUCGUAUGCGCCAUGGGAAGGCACAGCUGAAAAACACCCUAAAGGACGUCCUAGCGUGGAUAAAUGACUUUUUGAAACAAGAAAAGACAGAAACUGUGCUGGUAUCUGUCAAGUGGGAUCAUGACGGUGUUGGUGAACCCCACAGCAUGGACGGCGAGAUUUAUCAUCUUUGGGAUGGGUACGGUUGGUAUAGGAAAAACGAUUGGCCAGCCCUCGGGGAGGUUCGAGGCAAAGCAAUUCUGCUUCGCCGCUUCUGGGACCAGGGAGUAGCUAAAGCGCCAUUGAACGGCGUCGAUCUAUACCCGAUAUACGGACAGAGUUGGAAAGGAAGUCCAGGGGCUUGGUCCCAAAACGGCGAUGGAAAGGCCACCGACUUGAAACCGAGCGACGUCUGGGAUACGGUCUGGAAACAGAUCAAUCGUGCAUCUGAGAGCAACAUCAACGACAAUUGGCAGCAUUUUACCUGGUUAAGCCAUACGGGCACAAUCGUCGGCCUAUCCCCAGCCACGCCCUGGUUCUAUGCUCAAGACCUCAACUCUCACCUCUUGGAGUAUCUCAAUGACGAUGGACACCACGAGGACCCAGCGAAUCACCGAUACGGUUGCAUCGUAACAGACUUCUUCCACUGGGCUAUGGGCGCCGAGAUGGUGUCAAGGAAUUGGGCAUCACAGGUUCAUAAUCCCAACACGUGGCACGUCAUGGCGAAAAAUGAUCCGUUCUUGACAAUGGACAGCCCUCGUGGCGACAAGGUGCAGUUCUCCCUCACCAAGCGCGCCGUCCUCAAAGUCAGUGUGAACGGCCAGGAAAUCUGGAGAAGUGGGUACGAUUGGUCGGAAGAGUCGGACAACCAUAUGCUGGCCUUCGAGGCAGACGGCAAUCUCUGUCUUUGGCGUAAUGACCCGCAUGGUCCUGCAGAUAAAGGUGGUCGGAGUUUACACUGGAAUACAGAAACGAGAAAGGGCUGGGACACACGGUUGCGAUUCUUGGCUGGGCCUCCAUACAUCCUGGUUGACUUUACCAUCAGUCACGGCGAUGUUCUUUGGUGGCCGAACAAGUAG